AUGAAUGAGCUGCUGGACCCCUCGUCCCAGGCCAACCUGGGCGUGGUCUCUGCCACCUGCGUCUCCAAGGUGGAGCUGCGGGUCAGCUGCAAGCACCUGCUCGACCGGGACACGCUCAACAAGUCGGACCCCUGCGUGGUGCUCCUGAUGCAGUCCCAGGGGCAGUGGAUGGAGGUGGAAAGGUCGGAGGUCAUCAAGAGCAACCUGAACCCCACCUUCGCCAAGGUCUUCAUGGUCGACUACUACUUCGAGGAGGUGCAGAAGCUGCGCUUCGAGGUGUACGACAUCCACGGCCACACCAGCAUCGGGACGCACGAUGAUGACUUUCUGGGGGGCAUGGAAUGCACUGUGGGCCAGAUUGUGGCCCAGAAGCGAGUGACCAAGCCGCUGUUCCUGAAGUACGGCAAGUGUGCCGGGAAGUCCACCAUCACCGUGACCUCUGAAGAGAUUUCCGGGGACAACGGCUACGUGGAGCUCUUCUUCCGUGCCAAGAAGCUAGAUGACAAGGAUCUGUUCAGCAAAUCAGAUCCCUUUCUGGAGAUCUACCGGAUCAAUGACGACGGCAGUGAGCAGCUGGUACACCGCACAGAGUUUGUCAAGAACAAUCUGAGCCCUAUUUGGGAGCCCUUCAAAGUGUCUCUGAACUCCCUGUGCAGCUGUGAGGAGAAACGGAAGCUGCGGUGUGUAGUCUUUGACUACGACUCCCGAGGCAAGCAUGACUUCAUUGGAGAGUUUUAUACCACCUUUGAGGAGAUGCAGAAAGCCAUGGGGGGCAACAAGAUCCAGUGGGACUGCAUGAACCCCAAGUACAAGCUGAAGAAGCGAAACUACAGGAAUUCAGGUGUGGUCAUUCUCUUAGAUCUGAAGAUCCAUAGGGUCUACUCGUUCCUGGAUUACAUCAUGGGUGGCUGCCAGAUCCACUUCACGGUGGCCAUCGACUUCACAGCCUCCAACGGGGACCCCCGAAACAGCUGCUCCCUCCACUACAUCAAUCCUUACCAGCCCAACGAAUACCUGAAGGCCCUGGUUGCCGUGGGGGAGAUUUGCCAGGACUACGACAGUGAUAAGAAGUUCUCGGCCUUAGGCUUUGGCGCCAGGAUCCCCCCAAACUACAAGGUCUCCCACGAUUUUGCCAUUAAUUUCAACCCGGCGGAUGACGAGUGUGAAGGAAUCCAGGGCGUGGUGGAAUCCUAUCAAAACUGCUUGCCCCAAAUCCAGCUGUACGGGCCCACCAACGUGGCCCCCAUUAUCUCCAAAGUGGCCAAAGUAGCGGCAGAGGAGGAGAAGACCAAGGAGGCAUCGCAAUACUUCAUCCUGCUGAUCCUGACUGACGGGGUGGUGACCGACAUGGCGGACACGCGAGAGGCCAUCGUCCGGGCCUCCUACUUGCCCAUGUCGAUCAUCAUCGUGGGCGUGGGCAACGCUGACUUCACCGACAUGCAGAUCUUGGACGGGGAUGACGGCAUCCUGCGCUCCCCAAAGGGCGAGCCCGUCCUGCGGGACAUUGUCCAGUUUGUCCCCUUCCGGGAGUUCAAGAACGCAUCUCCUACGGCUUUGGCCAAGUGUGUCCUGGCGGAGGUGCCCAAGCAGGUGGUGGAAUAUUACAGCUACAAGGCCCUCCCCCCUCGCUGCGGCCGGGGGACCACGCCGGACUCCACCCUGAACUCGCCCCAGUGA